AAUGCCAUUUAUGGAUGAAGGAAGAACACAAUGCAAAGACCAUACAGUGCUCUACUGACCCACAAUGCAUCAGGACGUUAUAAAAACCCACCACAAAAACUCCUGGGCAGUAACUGAGAGGUGAAUCUCUUUUUUGAAUCAGAAUUUAUUCUUAGGCGACUCAACGGAAGUCAUAUGUGACAAAAGGUCUUGUUUUCUUAGGAUUGGUGGCGUAACAAGUGGGAGUUUGUUUUUUUCUUUAAAAAAGAAGUGUGAAAGGAUACUACACAUCCUCUGCUAUGGCUUCUCUGACAUCCUCCAGCCGCAGAUCUUCAUCAUCUUACCGCUCGUCGUCGCGGUACAGCACCUCCAGCUCCUACCGCUCUGAAGGAUCAUCCGAUUGUCUAGACCGUCUAUUUGAGCCUUUUCUGGACUCUGCAGAUCAUUCCAGCCUGUUUGGAGAAGAAGGCCCCGGAGGACCUGACUGCUUGGCCCCAUUUACCAGGCCCAACAGAUCCUCAUAUGGACACACUGCACCUAUGUGUGGCGCUGUGACAGGUCGCCAGAGCGGCACAGGAGGCGGCGUGUGUUGCCUGGGAGACAGCUACUACAUAUCAGCUGAUGUCAGCCAGUUUGAGCCGCAUGACAUCGUGGUGAUGGCCUACAACCACCAUGUUGUCAUUCACGCCCAGAAGGUGUUGGAUGACGGCAGUGUCAGUGACACUUUUACCCAUAAGUCCCUCUUCCCAGAGGAUAUGGACCCCCUGUCAGUCAGUGGGAGCCUCAGGACUGACGGUACUCUGGUGGUCAGCGCUCAGCGGACUGCAGCGCUCAGUGGACACGAGCCUGCCAGUGUUCCCACCUACCGCACUGAAGCUCAUCUGUGACUGUGGUCUCAGUGAAUUCACUCUGUCACCACAACAACUAAAAUGAUUUUAUUAAAGUGAUGUCAUGAAGGUACAAUCGAAAUCUCUGAAUGAAUUGUGGCAAAUAAAUAUAAGAAUUUGUUGUUUAUAUCCUU